AUGACGCAGUCCGAGCUCACAUUAAGCACAUCUGACAUUGCUGUCGUACUAACUCUCCGUGCACUAGGCAACGAUUUACCAUUACAAGUCAGAAAUGGAGAUGAGACACGAUUACAACUUGACAGUGUUUCUUUGACAUCUCGUUCGGCGAUAUGUCGAUAUUUAGCACGAAAAUUUAAUCAGUUGUACGGUACAACAAUUCUUCAGCAAAGCGAAAUUGAUCAUUGGAUCGACUUUAGUGAUGAACGUUUAUCAUGUGACUGUAAUAAAACAUUUCAAACAGCUAUUGAUUAUUUAAAUUCAAUUUUAUCAUCUGUUACAUAUCUUGUUGGUUACAACAUAACAUUAGCUGAUAUUUUUGUAUGGUGUGCACUAUACACUAAUCCGUUAUAUCAAAAACAAUCAAAUAUUCCAGCGAAUGUUCAACGUUAUUAUGAUACACUUAGAAGGCAAAUACCCUUUUCAUCAUUACUCGAUAAAGAAGGCAGACAAGACAAGACGGUACCAUACAAAAUGAAAGAAGAAGGAAAAUUUGUGGAUUUACCUGAUGCAAAAAUGGGUGAAGUUGUUGUUCGAUUUCCUCCGGAAGCAAGCGGCUAUUUACAUAUUGGCCAUGCUAAAGCUGCGUUACUCAAUCAAUACUAUCAACAACUAUUUCAAGGUGUAUUAAUAAUGCGUUUUGAUGAUACCAAUCCAGCAAAAGAAAAUGCCGAAUUUGAAAAAGUUAUAUUAGAAGAUUUAGAAAUGCUUGGUGUAAAAUAUGAUCGCUUCUCUCAUACAUCGGAUCAUUUUGAUGCAUUAAUGGAUUAUUGUAAGCAGCUAAUUAACAAAGGACUCGCUUAUUGUGAUGAUACCGAUGCAGAAGAAAUGAAAAAGCAACGUGAACAAAGACAAAAUUCUGUUAAUCGAAAUAAUAGUGUUGAAACAAAUUUAAAACAUUGGGAUGAAAUGAUCAAGGGCACUGAAUAUGGACAAAAAUUUUGUGUUCGAUUAAAAAUUGAUAUGGAUUUGAAUAAUGGUUGCAUGAGAGAUCCAACAAUUUAUCGUUGUAAACCAGAAGAACAUGUUCGAACGGGAAACAAAUAUAAAGUUUAUCCAACGUAUGAUUUUGCUUGUCCAAUUGUUGACUGUUUAGAAGGAGUUACACAUGCAUUACGUACGACAGAGUACCAUGAUCGUGAUGAACAGUAUUAUUGGAUAUUAGAUGCACUUGGUUUGCGUAAACCACAUAUUUAUGAAUAUUCACGUUUAAAUAUGCAGCAUACUGUAUUAUCGAAACGUAAAUUAACGUGGUUUGUCAAUAAUGGACUUGUUACUGGUUGGGAUGAUCCUCGUUUUCCAACUGUACGUGGUAUAUUAAGACAUGGUAUGACAGUUGAUGGUUUAAAACAAUUCAUUAUAACCCAAGGUUCAUCACGCUCUGUUGUAUUAAUGGACUGGGAUAAAAUUUGGGCGAUUAAUAAAAAAUUUAUUGAUCCAGUGGCACCACGCUACACAGCAUUAAUAAAAAAAGAUGUUAUUGAUGUUAAAGUGACAAAUAUUAAAGAUGAAGAAUGCCAGCAAUAUCCAAAACAUCCUAAAGUAACGUUUUGUCAUAUUGUAAAAGCUAAUAAAAAUUAUAACUUUAAAUUUUGCAGAAACAAGACUGGUGCACUUGAAUCUAUUGAAGCCGAAACACAGUUAGAGAAUAAAGAUUAUAAGAAGACAACAAAACUAACGUGGCUAGCUAAGACAAGUCAAGCUAGUUUUACUCCAACAAUAUGUGUUCAUUUUGAUAAUAUCAUGACAAAACCAUCAUUAGAAAAAGACGAUAAAGUUGAAGAUUUUGUCAAUCAUUCAUCGCAAAGUGAAUAUGAAAUGAUUGGUGAUCAUGAUUUAGCUAAUUUAAAAAAAGGCGAAUAUAUUCAAAUUUUACGCAAAGGUUAUUACAUCUGUGAUCAACCAUAUGAAUCUCAGCAAAAACCAUGUAUUUUAUACAAUAUACCUGAUGGAGCGAAAGACAAGCCAACAUCUUUGAAAUGUGCAGCAACAUCGGAGACGUCAACAAAUUCGACUGCAAAUGCAUCGUCUGCUAAAACCAGUGGCGAGGAUUCUUCGAAAACUACAAACUCCAAAACUAAAAAGACAACAACAACAACAAACUCAGAAAAACAACAACAAGCUCAGAAUCAGGAUACGAAUAAAUCAGUCGAACAAAAAUCGUUAACAACAACGACAGUUGCCAAUGACAACGUCGAAAAAUUAACUGAACAAAUAACUACACAAGGAAAUAAAGUUCGUGAUUUAAAGACGAGUAAAGCUGCCAAAAUGUCACUACUGUUAAGGUUUAUUAUUAUUCGUCGUUGCGAAGAUAAGAAAAUGGCCUCAGCCGGAAAUAAUAGUGAAGCUGAUACUUUAAAAACUAGAAUUGAUGAACAAGGUGACAGUGUAAGAAAAUUGAAAAGCGAUAAAGCUAGUAAGUUUUCGAUCGUUCUCGAACUUAUUUUUCUUUUGAAGGAUGAUAUCGAUCAAGCGGUCAAAGUAUUACUGGAUCUCAAAGCACAAUACAAGACAUUAACAGGUACUGAUUUAGCGCCUGCUCCAGCUGCAAAGAAAGAAAAAGAAAAAAAACCAGCACAGCAAAACGCAAAACAAGGAGUAUCGGAAAAAGCAGGCGGAGAUCAACCGAAAACGAAUAAACAGACGGAAGAAAAAGCGUCGAAAUCAUCCGAUGAGAAAUCUUCAAAGAAAGAGACAUCUAAUACGAAUGUACAACAACAACAAUCUACUGCACAAUCGGAGACGAAAAAGCAAACAAAGCUCGGCAUUGAAAUAAAAAAAGAAGAAGAUAUUUCUGGCUGGUAUGGACAGGUCGUACGCAAAGGUGAAUUAAUUGAAAAUUAUGAUGUAUCUGGGUGUUAUAUUUUACGUCCAUGGGCUUAUUUCAUAUGGGAACAAAUAAAAGAAUAUGUUGAUCAUGAAAUCAAUGAAAUAGGAGUACAAAAUUGUUAUUUUCCAUUAUUCGUAUCGCAUGCUGCACUACAUCAAGAAAAAACACACAUCGCUGAUUUUGCGCCAGAAGUUGCUUGGGUAACAAAAUCUGGUGAUAGUGAGUUGGCUCAACCAAUUGCUAUUCGUCCUACGAGUGAAACAAUUAUGUAUCCAUCGUAUGCAAAAUGGAUUCAGUCACAUCGUGAUUUACCACUACGUCUCAACCAAUGGAAUAAUGUUGUUCGUUGGGAAUUUAAACAUCCACAACCAUUUUUACGUACAAGAGAAUUUCUAUGGCAAGAAGGACACACUGCGUUCGCCACAGAAGCAGAAGCAGCAGCGGAAGUUUAUCAAAUACUGGAUCUAUACGAACGAGUAUACACGGAUCUAUUGGCUAUACCUGUUGUACGUGGUAGAAAAACAGAAAAAGAAAAAUUUGCUGGAGCUGAUUGGACAACGACUGUUGAAGCAUACAUAUCUGCAAGCGGAAGAGGCAUUCAAGGUGCUACCUCUCAUCAUUUGGGACAAAAUUUUUCCAAAAUGUUUAACAUUACAUUUGAUGAUCCAAAUACAAAAGCAAAAAGCUAUGUUUAUCAAAAUUCAUGGGGUUUAACUACCAGAACAAUUGGUGUGAUGACAAUGAUUCAUGGUGACAAUAAAGGUCUUGUUUUACCACCAAGAGUUGCACGUUAUCAGAUGGUGAUCGUUCCAUGUGGUAUUGUUGCUGCGAUGACAAAAGAUGAAGAAGACUCGUUAAUUAAUCAAUGUAAACAACUUGAGACAAAAUUGAAAAAAGCCGGUUUUCGUGUACAUCUAGAUUAUCGUGAUAAUUAUGCACCUGGCUGGAAAUUUAAUCAUUGGGAAUUGAAAGGUGUUCCAAUUCGUGUUGAACUCGGGCCAAAUGACGUAUCCAAGUCUCAGUUAAUGGCUGUUUUGAGACAUACCGGAGAGAAAUUGGCUGUUCCAUUGAAUGACUGCGAACAAAUAUUGAAAAAAUUGCUUGAUCAAAUUCAUAAUGAUCUGUUUAAAAAAGCAAAAUCUGAUUUGGACAGUCAUACUAUUGUUGCUGAUAACUGGACUGAUUUUCUGAAAGGAUUAGAUAAUCAAUGUAUUGUAUUGGCUCCAUUUUGUGGCGAGCCAGAUUGUGAAGACAAAAUUAAAAAAGAUAGUGCUCGUGAUGCUGUAGUCGAGGAAGGUGCACCAGCAAUGGGUGCGAAGGGUCUAUGUAUUCCAUUCAAGCCACCAAAAGAAUUAUCAAAAGAUCAGCAUUGUGUUCAUCCAGAUUGUUCAAACAAACCAAAAUAUUAUACUCUAUUUGGAAGAAGUUAUUAA